UACGUGCUACUGCAUAUAAAUCUCAACUUGCAGAUUCGCAAAGCUUAAAUGCAACCAUUCAGGCAAUGAUUAUGAAAGAUAAGCAUUAUUAUACAACACAAUUCAUAAAUAUAGCAGCUCAAGUAUCACAAAUUGGUCAAAUAUCAUUUAGAAGUAUGGUUCAAGCUAUACA